AUGUCCACAGUAUUGAAAUCUGCUAAAUCCAUUAUCCCUCUGUUGGAUCGUGUGCUUGUUCAAAGAGUGAAGGCUCAGGCCAAGACAGCAUCCGGUUUAUAUUUGCCAGAGAAAAAUGUCGAGAAGCUUAACCAAGCCAAGGUUUUAGCUGUAGGUCCUGGGUUUACUGACGCUAACGGAAACAAGGUCACCCCCCAAGUCAAUGUUGGUGAUAACGUCUUGAUUCCACAGUUUGGUGGAUCCACUGUGAAGUUGAAUGGUGAUGAGGAGGUGAUCUUGUUCCGAGACUCUGAAAUUCUCGCAAAGAUCACCGAAUGA